CCUCAGUAAAGAUGGCGCUGCAUUUUGGUUCUGUUCGUUUUCAUUUGCUAAAUCGCUGUCGUUUUCAUAAAAUUACUUCAUUUGCUGUUGUCCGUUGGUUUUCUGACGGUGUUUUAUCUACAAAUUCACCUGAUAGAGUCCCAGAGAACGCAGAAGAUCAUUUAAUCUACACACAGCAACACUUUGCAUUGAAGGAAUCCCUUGGAAAGCUCAUCGACAAGGAGAUCAACCCGUACGUGGAGCAGUGGGAGGCGGAGAAGGCAUUUCCAGCGCACAAAGUCUUCAAGAUCUUGGGCAAUGCUGGCUUUCUAGGUGUUGAUAAACCAGUUGAAUAUGGAGUGGCAGAGGAGCUUGGAAUAUUCGCUGCGGCGGUGGUCCCUAUGGCCAUUGGUGUACAGUCAAACAUGGCUACUCCUGCACUGGCCAGGUUUGGUUCAGCUGUGCUGAAGGAGGAGUUCCUUCUUCCCUCCAUCACAGGGGAUAAAGUUGCCUGCCUUGGAAUUAGUGAAGCCGGAGCUGGUUCUGAUGUCUCAAGUAUUAAAACCAAGGCAGUGCAGAAAGGAGAUGAAUAUGUGAUUAAUGGUGGAAAGAUGUGGAUCACCAACGGUGCCCAGGCUGACUGGAUGUGUCUACUUGCCAACACAAGUGAUGGGCCGCCACACCGGAAUAAAUCCCUCAUCUGCUUGCCCAUGAACCUGCCAGGAGUAAAUGUGGCCCGGAAGAUUGAUAAAAUAGGUAUGUGGUCAUCAGACACAGCCGAAAUAUUCUUCGAUGAUGUUCGUGUACCCUGCAAAAACCUCAUUGGUCAGGAAGGUUUGGGCUUCACCUACCAGAUGCUUCAGUUCCAAGAAGAGAGACUCUGGGGAGUGGCCAACAUCCUGACAGUGAUGGACGCCAUCAUUCAGGAGACCAUCCAAUACACAAGGCAGAGGAAGAUCUUCCAGCAACCCGUUCUGAACCACCAGAUCGUUCACUUCAAGUUGGCUGAGCUGCAGACGGAGGUGGAGUUGCUCCGCUCUCUGCUCCACCGUGCUAUAGCAUUGUACAUCAAAGGCAAAGAUGUGACCAAACUGGCGUCGAUGGCCAAGUUAAAGGCGGGUCGUCUGACCAGGGAGCUGAGUGACAGCUGCCUGCAGUUCUGGGGAGGGAUGGGCUUCACCAGUGAGGUGCUGGUCAGCCGGGUCUACAGGGACUCCAGAUUAUUAUCAAUUGGUGCCGGAGCAGACGAGGUGAUGCUCGCCAUCAUCUGCAAGUACAUGGAUACACUACCCAAGAAAUGACAUUAUCAACACCUGACCCAGGAAACUUUUGUCCCAACGUCUAGCACACAGUAGACUAAUUAUAACCUCCCCCAGAGGUGGUUGUGUAUUGUCAUUUGAUUAACAGGAUGUCUCAAGAGUUUGACAGCACAUUCUGUGAAACUAUGUAAUAAUACUUGACUUUAAUUUAUGAACCUCAUGCAGAUCGGGAGUCGUGUUCAGUCAACAUUUUUAGACUCUAUCCCAUUGGUUUUUGUAUGUGCACACUUUGGGGUAACAGCGCC